UGUGAGAGGGAAAGAAACGCGUCGCUGAGGCCCGGCGGGGUCGCGUCUUCACGUGCCAUGGCGGGGGGCUGUUAUCGAUAACGAUGGGCUAGUCUCAGAAACUUUUGUAAAGGCAGUCAGUUCCAAGCGCAUUGUCCUGGUUCACGAGAAGAAUAUACCACCAUGUCUACAGUCACAGCCAUGGCAGCAAUACCUGAGCAACUGCAGGCCAAAUUCGAUCUCGGAAUCUGGUUCGCCCUCUUCAACUGGCCCAACCUGACCGUCGCCGUACAAAACGAAUGGGGCGGCCCCGACUCUUCAGACAAGCGCGAUUGGAUCGCAGGCCAGAUCUCUGAUCUUUUCGCCUCAGAAGCCUCGACAGAUGCGGAAGACGUCGAAGUCAUGCUGCUCCAAGUGCUCGAGGACGAGUUCGGUGUACGCCUAGAAGACGAAACCGAGGUCAACGUGGCGCGAGAAAUCAUGGCGAUACGGAAGGAAAUCGGGGAGGGCAACACGACUACGGUGGACAGGCUACAGAAGAAGUGGGAGGAGCGGAAGGGCAAGGAGGUUGCGACGGGAAAUGUCAGCGUGAGGGAGAGCAAUCAGGAGGGCGAAUGGGACAGUGUGGAUGAGGAGAGUGAUGAGGAGGACGAUGUCGAGAUGGGCGAUGCGCCGGCACUUGUACCUGCGAAACCGAAGGCUGAGCCAGAGGUUGACGACGAGGGCUUUACGAAGGUGCUGGGCAAGAAGAAGAGGUGAAGAACGACGAUGGCCCUCUGAUUACAAAAUGUAAUAGCGAAGCCGUCUUGAAGAGGAAGAGGAGCAACUCCUCCUGCCUGCAGAAACCCCUCCAAACCGCACAACUCGCGGAAUUGUACAGGCAGCAGAAGGUACGCCGAGCAUGCCAUGAUGCUCUUGCGAGUAGAGAGCUCGAAAGAAACAUACAAGAGAUAGUCUCAUUCAACCC